AUGCCGCUCAUCAACGGGCAGAAGAUGGCCUGCGAGCCAUGCAUCCGUGGUCAUCGCUCCACCAAAUGCACCCAUGCGAAUGAACGCUUGAUGGUCCCCGUCCGAAAGCCCGGCAGGCCCUUGAGCACAUGUCCUCACCCGCCCGCCCGCGGUUGCGGCUGCGGUAGUGUAACAGCCGCCAUCCCAAGAAAGCAGAAAUGCGGCUGCGGCUCCAGUAACGGCGGAACGCCCGCAGAAUCACCCGGUAUCGUCAAGGCAGAGUCGCCAAUGAGCGACGCCCCGCCAAUGUCCCCGACCAAGGCAUCCGCAGCCUCUUUUCGCAUACAAAAGUCCGCCCCUAAGGCGACCAGUCGCAAGCAGUCGUUCGACCCAGUAAACUUCGAGAGGAUGGACGCCGCCAACAUCAACAUACUACCCCCUUACGAAACGGCUCAAGCGAAUCAUAUACCCCAUGCAAACGGUGGCAUGCCGGGCAUGACCACGCCGAGAAUGGGGAUGGAGUACGGCGGUAUGACCAUGAUGGGCAGUGUGAACGGCGCCUUCCACCAACCCAUGAUGUAUCCGAUGUUCCCGCAGCAGAUGCCUGCGCCCAUGUUCCCACCGGGAGCUGCCAUAGCGAUCCCUCAGACGAAUGCCCUAUCCUCGACUGUUAAAACACCACAGACUUCAACAACGCCCAUCCCUAUAGCGGCAUCGAAUGAAGGAUCUUGUUGCUCAGGAAAGACGAAUGGGACGCCGAAGUCAGCCCCUGCAUCAUCCCUGACGAGUACCAGUACGGGUGGCUCAUGUUGCUCAGGGCCGAACAAGGCCGAGGGGAGCUCAACACGGCCUUCCAGUGUCAGCUCAAGCCCCAAGACGCAACCAAAGCCGAAGACAGGAGGUUGUUGUUCUGGCAAGGCGCCUGCAAUAGACACGAACGUACAUCAAAUGCCGAAUGGUCACAUGUCGCCGUCGAGCGCCAUAGCUAUGUCGCCUUUUCAGACACCGACUGCUAUACCCCAGGGCAUGUACAAUUCAUACUUUCAACCUACUGUAUUCACAUAUCCGCCGCAAUACGGAUCUUGGAUGUCGCCGCUGCAGCCUGCUCAGUGGAAGCAGCAGAUGGAGGCACAGCAGUAUGGACAGCCAAUCCCGCAGCCAGCUUCGUACGGCGGGAUGCCGAACUCGCUUUUUACCCCGGAUGGCACAACUCCAAUGAUGCCCGAGUCGACAUCACACAUGUGUAGCUGUGGCAACGGCUGCCAGUGUGUAGGCUGUGCGGCUCACCCUUAUAACGACGCGACGCAAGACUACGUGCGAUCUGCAUACACCAGCAUGCUGGACGACUCUUAUGGAAUGACGAAUGGUACAAACGGCACGAAUGGCACGAACGGGCACGCGGAGACUACGAUGAACAACGGGACUGGCGCCCGCGUAAUGGAUGCACACACGAAUGGCGAGAAUAGCGGUUCUCCUGCUGGGCCGCAAACGCCUUCCGAUGGAGCCUCAGUGUUGAGCGAAGAACAGGCACUAUCGGCGAACGACUUCUUCUUUGUGACGUACCCGUUCAACGGCGAUGGAUGUGCUGGCGAGACGUCCUCGUGCCCUUGCGGCGACGAUUGUCAGUGCCUCGGCUGCUCGAUACACAACAAUUCGCCCAUACCCGAGUCAGGAUGA